UGUGUUGAAAAAUCGCCUUUUAUCAACCUCCCUCCUCGCCGCAGUCUUGAACGCACCCCUGUAUCACCUGCAACCAGCAGAGUUCAGUGCAAAUGGGCGGCGUGUUACACCGGACAGCUAACACCCACCGCGGCCUUUCCACCAACAUUAUCCGCCGGUCAGUGUGGCGCCGACCCGAGCGCCAUGGCUGCAUUAAUAUUUGACCGUAAAUGUUUGUCGUGGCUGCUGUAUUUGGCGUAUUAAGGCUCGCCUGUUGGCGGUGAUACGGCCUGCAGUCCUGAACGCGGUCAGCAGCGUGUAGAUGCCUUGGCUGAGAUGAGUGUGAAGGCUUUUGAGCUAGUCCCCGCUGUGGAGCGAGAUCUCCUCAUGGGCGACAAGGCUCGCAUCAACAUCGAAUGCAUUGAAUGCUGUGGAAAGCACUUGUACAUGGGUACCAAUGACUGCUUCAUCCACCACUUCCUGCUGGACGAGGUCACUUCCUCCAAAGGUAAACUGAGUUACUCAGCUCAGAAGCUGCUGCACAAAUAUCUGGGCCUCAAGAAACCGGUCGCUGAGCUGCGCGCUGCCUCCGCUUUGGAGCGCCUGAUAGUGCUUUGCGACGGGAUAGUGUUCCUCGUUGACAUGGUGACACUGGAGACCGUCCCCUCGGCGGCAGGAGGCGGAGCCAAGAUCAGAGGUGUAACGGAGUUCUGCAUAAACGAGAACCCGGUGAACGGCGAUCCGUUCUGUGUGGAAAUGGGCGUGCUCUCGUCCAAGCGGCGGACCGUGCAGAUUUACAUGGUGUAUGAGGACAGAGUGCAGCUGGUCAAGGAGGUGACCACGCCUGAGCAGCCCUGCGCCGUCAGUCUUGACGGUUACUUCUUGUGCCUGGCCCUCGCGACGCAGUACAUGAUUCUGAACUACAACACAGGAGCCUCCCAAGACCUCUUCCCUUACAACAGCGAGGAGAGGAGACCUAUUGUUAAGAGGAUCGGCAGGGAGGAGUUCCUCUUAGCAGGACCCGGUGGUCUAGGAAUGUUUGCCAAUGCUGAAGGAGUGUCUCAGCGGGCUCCAGUCAACUGGUCAGAGAGCGUGAUUGGUGCUGCUGUGUGUUUUCCGUACGUGGUGGCUUUGGAUGAGAGCUUCAUCACCAUCCACAGCAUGUUGGACCAACAGCUGAAGCAGACACUUUCAUUCAGGGAUGGACACAUUCUGCAAGACUUUGAAGGAAAGGUCAUUCUGGCUUCCACUAAGGCAGUGUAUGUCCUGGUACCCCUGCCACUGGAGAGACAGAUCCAGGACUUACUGGCCAGUCACAGAGUGGAGGAGGCACUCAUCCUCACAGAAGGAGCACAGAGAAAUAUUCCCAAAGACAAGUUCCAGAUUUUGCACAAAAGAAUCCUCCAGCAGGCAGGUUUCAUACAGUUUGGCCAACUUCAGUUUCAAGAAGCAAAAGAACACUUCAGGAAGGGUCAGCUGGAUGUGCGGGAGCUGAUAUCUCUCUACCCAUUGCUGCUGCCAGCUUCCUCUUCAUUCACACGCUGCCAUCCUCCUCUCCAUGAGUUUGCAGAUCUUAACCACCUGGCACAGGGGGACCAGGAGAAAGUGCUGCGAUGCAAGAAAUUCCUUAUCACUUAUUUGGGAGAGGUACGAAGCACAGAGGUGGCCAAUGGCUGUAGAGAGGACGUGGACACUGCACUGUUAAAGCUAUAUGCUGAGCAGGAUCAUGACAGCCUUCUAGACCUGCUAGCUUCAGACAAUGCCUGCCUACUAGCAGACAGCGUCCCAUGGCUGGAGAAAUAUCAAAAAUAUUUUGCACUUGGGCUGCUCUAUCAUUAUAAUGGUCAGGAUUCAGCAGCACUUCAGUUGUGGAUUCGCGUGGUAGAUGGAGAACUGCAGGACUCCACAAGAUCUGACCUUUAUGAGUACAUUGUGGACUUUCUCUACUCCUGCUCCAAUCUGGACCUUGUAUGGAAGUAUGCAGACUGGGCACUGCGGAAGAAUCCCACUAUAGGUGUCCACAUCUUUACUAAGAGGCCUGCCAGCAAAGAUCAGUCACAGUUAAACGCUGAUGAUGUCAUCACUUACCUGGGAAAGCACAGCCAGGCGCUGCUUCUCUACCUGGAACACCUGGUGCUGGAGAGAAGGACACAGAAAGAGAAGUUCCACACACACCUGGCUGUGUUGUACCUGGAGAGGGUCUUGUCAUUGAUGUCAAAGAAGCCAACAGAUGAAGAACAGCUCACAAGAGCUAGAGAGAGGCUCCAAGCCCUGCUCAGGGAGUCCAACCUAUACCGUGUACAGUUUCUACUAGGUAAGAUGGAGAACUGUGAAGAACUGCUGCUAGAGCGAGCAACACUACAUGGAAAACUGGAGGAGCAUGAUAAAGCACUGCACAUAUUGGUGCACAAGCUCAGAGACUUCCCGUCUGCUGAGGCCUUCUGUACGUGGGCCUCCUGUUGUCGGGAUUCCGCUUACCGACAGCAGCUAUUCCACCUGCUUUUGGGGGUGUAUCUAGACGGGAACCAGACUGCAACAGGAGGUGGUGCUGGAGACCUGGAGAUGGCGGCAGUGGACCUCCUAAAUCGUCACGGCGAGGUGUUUGAUGCAGUCCGCGUCCUGCGCAUGCUCCCCGAGGGCUGGUCACUGCAGCUGCUGCGGCCCUUUCUGGGUCGAGCUGUCAGGGCCAGCAUGCAUGCCUGCCGCACCUCCCAGAUCGCUCUGGGGCUAUCCCACUCUGAAAACCUUCAACUGCUGCAUGAUAGGCUGAAAGAGCGGAAGAAACCCAUCUUUGUGUCUGAAAAGAAGGGAUGCCAUCUGUGCCACAACACCUUCAGUGAGCCUGACGUGGUGUGUCUGCCAGGUGGAGUGCCUGUCCACACUCACUGUGUCGCCCAGAGAGUAAGAGACUCUCCCACAAAGAAACAGUUAACUAAUAGCAGUAACCAUACGUGAAACUUGACCCUUGAAACUACUACUAUGUGAUCUGUGAUCAGAGGUAUCAAACUAAAGCAUGACACGCUGAGUUUUUGGAUGGCUGAGGUCUGUGGGGAAUAGCAAAAAAGCACAGCAUUACCAUAGUAGAAUCUGCUAUGAAGUGUGAUGAGAAACACAAAGAAAGCUGUGGAGUGUGUAUGUGUGUGUGAGUGCAAAGGAGAAAGAGAUGAUUUCAUCUGUUUAUUCCUGUGCUGCAAACACCUUCAGACUGCAAGUUUUUAUAGAAGUAAGCACCCGGCCCUUUAAUCCAUUUAAACAUGUAAUUAAUUAAACACAGGCUCCCGUGCUUAUCUGUGGGUUCAGUGCUGUACUGGUCAUUGUCUCUGCUUGAACAGUUUUAAACCUGAAUUUAAGGAAACAGAUUGAACUACAGAACACACGAUAUGAAACCUGUUGCAAAUAUUUCUCAAGCAUGCAUAGUAUUACCACUCCUAUGGUUCUGGUCUAAUCACCUCAUAUAUAAUGUAUUGAUAUUGUCCUAACUUGCACAUUGCAGUGUUGGGAUUUAAUGUGAAAUACUACAAAAUAUCAACACACAUCAGCUCUGAUUGAAACUCUGUUAUGUCUGUCUUUUACUCUGAAAUCUGGUCUCACUGCUGCUUUAUUUUCCUCUCAGCCAUAAGGCCUCUGGAUGUUGCAUUCACAGUUUUUUAGUUGCCAACAAAAAUUUGAUUCAAACCCAUUUCAGUUUUGAAUGUCCUGUUAUCAAGGUUAGGGACCUUGUCUCUGUGUAUCGUCUGUGGAUUAACAGCUAUACAACACUACAUGAAACCUUACAUUUCUCCAUUAAUCAUCAAUAACUGUAACUCUGGAUUUAUAUACUCAAAACUGCAUUAAGGACCAAUCAGAUUGACCUUCUAAAACACAAAUCAAUCGUUACUGAGAAUAUAUCAGUAGACACAUUGUGAAACAUGACAGCAAAUGUCAUGGCUCAGAUUUAAGCGUAAUGUGAAAUCAAGCUUCAUGAAUUUUGUCUGGUACUUUUUUUUUUGAGUAACAAAUUAAAUAUAAAAGGACCUUCACUGCCCGCCUGCUGGAUACAUUUUGUUUGACCAGGGUACGUACAUAAGGUGAUCAAUGCAAAAGUGUCAGUCCCAGUGAAAAUGAAAACUUCAAUAUUUAGGAGGUAAUUUGUUCAAAAUGUGAAUAGACAUUUUCAUAAGAAUGUUGCAAGAAGAGAUGAUUGUAAUUAUCUGUGGGUAAUUCAGUUAUUUUUCACAUCUAAUACAACUUAUUUGAUGCAAAAUAUGUAGUGUCCCUUUUUUUGUUUAAGCUGUAAAAAAGUUUUUGACCACAAGAUGGCAGUAAUGUGUUAAUUGUUUAAAACAAAUGCAAUGAACCAGAGGUAGAACAUUAUGGAAAUGACUUUCAGUCUUUACAAUUUCUCUUCUAAAUGUCCUGAAUAUAUUGGUUAAAAGGAAAUGUCAUUGGAACUGUGCAAUUAUAUUUUGCUAGAUGAAAUUAUGAAAUUACAAACUAAUUGCUCCUACUGUUGGACACUGACAGUGUGCAGCAUUAACAUGAAACCUCCAGAUUAAGGGGUUGAUGUGGACGAAGAGGACUUUUCUAUCACAUUCCUAAUGAAAUUAAUGAAUGACUGUCAAAGAGACUGUGUAUCUUAUUAUGUAUGACACCGGACUGCUCAUAACCCCUAAACCUUUUUUCUUUUAAUGUUUGGAAAUUGUGAGAAAACUGUAUCAUCCACACAGCAAGAGCAACAGGUGGCUUGAUACAUCUCAGUUUUCAUAACUGCCCCCCC